AGGACGACAACACUGUACUGGACAUCAACCUCCUCUCCUAGCCAAGACCUGACCGGGCGUAUGUUCAGCAUGUCGCCCGACAGUUCCGUGGCGUUGCAGGGCUUCAACUCUUACCAAAACACCUACGCCUUCACCGUCUGCCUACGUGCCAUCUUCGAGAUGUCAUCAACACGAAACAUCUUCAGCCUGAGCAUCGGGACCAGCGUUGCCCUGUCUCUGACCACAUCACCAUAUGCCACAGAAAUUCCACCAGGUUACCAGCUGACCCUGGGUCAGGCCUCUAAGGCCUUCAAGAUGGUGUCUAAGGUGCCCUCCGUGAGCAAACUCUGGCCUUGGACCAGCCUGUGUGUGACCUGGGAUUCCACGACGGGAAUGACACAGCUGUGGGAGGACAACUCCAUGAGCGUCAGGAAGAGCAUGUGGAGGGGGCAGGGUUUCUACGGCACGCCGGUCUUGUCCCUGUCCGGGUUCGAGGGCCAGGUGACGGACAUGCACAUGUGGAACCAGGCGAUGCCCGUGUCCGUGCUGCGCUCCUACAACCAGGGCUGGGGCUACCCGCAGGGCACCAUGCUCAGCUGGGCUCGCACCAGCUACAGUGUCAGGGGCUCACCCAUACUGGAGAAGGCCUACGAGAGCCUGGGAGCAGCUGCGUCUGAAGGGAAAGACGAAAGUGCUGAGGAGCAGAAGAAGGAAGUGCCUGUGAGGCGAAGCUGGUGGUGGAAGCAGGGGAAGAUGGGUAAUGUAGUUCAGGAGGGCGCAGAAAACAAAUAUGGCUGCCUGGGCCAACGCAAGCGCUGUGGGAGGAAGACUCUGUAGAGGGGGGAUCAGUGACGUGUGCAGAGGUGUCAAUCAUCUGAAAGUUUAAAAAACUGCAAAAUAUCCAACCUUAUUCAAAUUUUCAUCUUUAAAAUAGAGUUUCAAAACAAAAAUUCUGCAGUACUUGGAUUGAAGGAUACUACACACCCAGCAUAGAGUUGGAACUGCAUAAUCCGCAUCCAUAUUUGCAAAUGAUUGGCUGAUUGUUUGCUUUACAUUAUUUAUAUAUUUUUUUAAAGAAAUAACAAUUUCUAUUAUUUUAGAAAAUAAUUGUAUUGUGAUAAAAAAAACAUCCUUGAACGGCACCUCAGCAGUUCCUGGGGGGUUAGGCCCACGGGCACCAAGUAGGUGAUCCCUGCUGAAGGCCAACUGGAAACCAAAACUAGUCUAUAUUAUUUGCUUAAACACAGGUGAUUUGUCUCAUAAUGUAAAUUACUGUACCUGUCCAAGACCGGCAUGCUUGUUAGAUGCAGUUGAUUCAGAAUAAUGUCUGACAGUCAGAUGGAAUGUGCAUUUUCUAACUCAGGGAUUGGCACCUCUGGAUGCAGCACCCAGAAGAUUCCACAGUCAAGUUUAAUCAGCUCACUCAACUAUUGAAAUGAAUGGUAUUUGUCUGAAGUGAUUUUAAUGCGAUUUUUUAUUGGCCACAACAGGCCAAUUCUGACUUAUCUUUUUUUAUAUUAAUCAUGUUCAGUCAAAUCAUUUAAACAAUUUCUUCACUGUAUUUUUUAAAAUAUCAACCACUUCGUCAUUUAGCUUGAUUGCAUUUUUAUUAUUAUUUCAGUGUAAUGUACACUCAAAAUGUCACUAUAGGCCUUGACUGUGGUUCAGACAGCAAAGGCACCGUACUGUUAAGGUGGGGUGAUUCCAGACCAAGGUCAUUUCCUGAUCCUACCCCCAUCUCCCUGUCACCAUCUCACACAGUCCUAUCAAAUAAAGGCUUGAAAACCCUGUGUACGGUGCACUGUGUAGGAUGGUUGUCAGAGCAGGUAUUGCAGAUAUGCUGCUCAUUGAAACUGUGCUGCCUAUUGCCAAAUUUGAUCUUUGCAUGAAUAUUUACCAAGUAAUUAAGCUAAUAUUUAGUAGUAUGGCCAAGGUACAGUGUGUUUUGCAUCUAAAAAAGUCUAUUUCUGCUAAUUCAUUAUGGCGGGCACAAUUUUCCAAGUCAUAAUGAAUACCUUUUUUUACUAAUUUGAUGACGGUGAUAAGUAUUCAUAAAAAAGGUAACAUUUGUGAAAAGGCAGUAUGAAUUCUGGAAAUAAACCACUAAACAUAUUACAAAGUGCACCUUCAAGAAAACUUGCAAGGAAUGCCCUUUUACAUAAGUCAUUGUAUACAUAGUCAUACAUACAUGAUACAUUGGCAUUACUGUGCAUAUAUAGGCUGUUGCACUGUGAGCACUAACUGCUUAAUAAUGUAAUAAAAUUGCACUUUUAAAAUGUCUAA